AGGGAGGAGAGAGAGGGAGGGAGGAGGGGAGUGGGAUAAAAGAGGGAGGAGGGCUCAAUCCUUUCGCUUUAUUCGCGUCAAUUGGAUACUUUGCUGUACUACUGAGAACGAGGUUACGAAGGAGAGAGAGAGAGUGUGUCCGUUCUCGCUUCCCUCCUCCAUCCUCACUCGCUUUCUGUUGUUUAGUGUCUGCAUUUCGCUAUUUGUCUCCGAAAUCCCCAUUUUUAUCACUCCAGGGCAUUCGUCUUCGACCCCAUACCACUCCCAUCCAAGUUUUUUUUUCAGAAAAAAGCUUUUUUGGCUUCAAUAUUUGAGAUUUUAUAAAGAAUCCUUGAGGGGAAGGUGCAAAAGCCCCUCGUUUUCUGGUUUUACGGUAGCUGGUAGCCUGGUUGAGUUCUUUGCUAGUUCUAUAGAAAUCCUGGAAAAUAUUAGAUUGCUUGGGGAAGCAAACAGCCCAUAUCUUUGUUUUUCGCUUGGAAGCUCUGCCUUCUGAUCUGUUUUGGCGGAAAAGAUUGGGGAGUAUCGUGUUAGAGGAAAGAAGUAGGACUCUUUUUCCUUGGAUUUCUUCUGUUUUUUAGCAGUAUGUACGUAAAGAUCUCUUGUUUUUCUGUUUCCGCUUCAUUUCAUUGGCAAUAGAGGCCAAAUUUUUGAAGAAAGUGGAGGAGGGGAGGAGGCACCAUUUCUUUGAAGCUGUAUGAAGGAGUUCUGAAACAAUGAGAGAUGAAAAUUCGAAGAAAAGCAAGCUAUCAUGGUCCAAGACAGUUAGAAAGUGGUUCAACAUCAAAGGCAAAGCUCAGGACUUUCAUGCAGAUGUUGUUGUUGGCAAAGGAGGUGAUGGAGAAUGGAGGACCAGCUUCCCAGAAAGGGAGACAUCCACAGUCAAGAAAAGCAGAACAGAGAGACUGCCCAAGAAGAGCAUGGAUCGAGUUUGGCGAGGAAGGAACGAUCUUGAUUCAGCUCAAGUUACAGAUAUUCAGGAGUACAAGAUGUUUGUUGCAACAUGGAAUGUAGGUGGGAAGUCCCCACAAAGUAACUUGAAUCUCGAGGACUGGCUCCAUGCUUGUCCUCCUGCUGAUUUAUAUGUCUUGGGGUUUCAGGAAAUUGUUCCUUUGAACGCGGGGAAUGUUCUAGGUGCUGAAGACAAUGGCCCGGCAAGGAAAUGGGUGUCUCUCAUUAGAAAGACACUGAACAAUCUUCCUGGCACUUGUGGCAGUGGCAGCUACCACACACCCUCUCCCGUUCCCAACCCAAUUGCUGAGCUUAAUGCCGACUUCGAGGGUUCAUCGGUGAGGCAGAAGAACUCAUCAUUCUUUCCUCGGCGGUCAUUCCAGUCCUCCCUGAGCCGUAGUUUAAGAAUCGAUGGAGAUAUCAUGGUACCACCGCCAAGGCUGGAUCGCCGGUUCAGCGUCUGUGAACGUGUCAGCUUUGGGAGCAGACCAAGUGAUUUUGAUCCCAAUUUUAGAUGGGGUGGGUCAUCUGAUGAAGAGAAUGUUGGCAUGGAGUCACCUAGUGCUGUCUUUUUUUCACCAAUGUCAUAUGGCUAUGGUGCUCCACCAAUAGAAGAGAGGGAUAGACCGUCAGGAAGAUCUAGGUACUGUUUGGUUGCAAGCAAGCAGAUGGUUGGGAUAUUUCUCACAAUAUGGGUGAGGAGUGAAAUCAGAGAUGAUGUAAAGAACUUGAAGGUAUCUUGUGUUGGCAGGGGAUUAAUGGGUUAUCUUGGCAACAAGGGUUCAAUUUCCAUUAGCAUGUCUUUGCACCAAACAAGUUUCUGCUUCAUCUGCAGUCACUUGACCUCAGGACAGAAGGAGGGAGAUGAGCUACGAAGGAACUCUGAUGUCAUGGAGAUUCUGAAGAAAACUAGAUUUCCACGGGUGCAUGGGGUUGCUGAUGAAGAGUCACCUGAAACUAUUUUUGAGCAUGAUCGGAUAAUAUGGCUUGGGGAUUUGAAUUACCGCAUUGCUCUUUCAUAUCGCUCAGCAAAGGCUCUAGUUGAAAUGCGAAACUGGAAAGCAUUGUUGGAAAGAGAUCAGCUUCGGAUAGAGCAAAGAUGUGGCCGUGUUUUCGAGGGAUGGAAAGAAGGAAGAAUAUAUUUUCCUCCAACAUAUAAAUUUUCAACUAACUCAGAUCGGUACGCAGGGGAUGACAUGCAUCCAAAAGCGAAGCGACGGACACCAGCAUGGUGUGACCGAAUUUUGUGGUAUGGAAGAGGCCUCUAUCAAUUGUCUUAUCUUCGUGGUGAGUCCAGAUUCUCAGACCAUAGACCUGUGUACGGAUUUUUCUCAGCAGAAGUUGAAAUAAUCAAUCGUAGCCGAAUCAGGAAGAACAUGGGCUGUUCUAGCUCUAGAGUAGAGGUUGAAGAACUUUUGCCAUUCUCGCAUGGAUACACAGAUCUCAACUUCUAUUGAUGGGGCCAACCAUAUUGGUCCUACGUUAAGGUGCAUUCUUCUUUUGAUCGAAGAAAAUAUAUAUACUUGAUCUUGCUACAUGCAGAGAGACCUGAGAAAGGACAGGGACUACUGGUGUUUUUUUCAUACGGUUAUUCUGCAUAUCUUGAAUCAACUUUGGCCUCUUUUUUGGAUUCAGUUGGCAAUAAUCCAAUUAAACCGAAGCAGAUACCGAAGAAGAAGCAUUCCCAGAACACUAACUCAAAAGAAAAGGCUGUUCAAAUUUUGCACUAACCAAGUCAACAGAACAAACACGUUUAGAGAAAAUGUUAUAUUCCACAAUAAAUCAGUUUCUAACUAUAUGACUCCCCCAGCUUGUUUGGCAUUUCUUAAGACCCUCCAAGUGUUCUGUCAAGAAAUCAGUCAGAUAGCGGAGAUCAGCAAUUUGAUCAAGGAAGGUGGCUAAAUUCAAGUUUCUUAUUGCCGACUGAUAAGCUAAGGCCACGACUCCAUGAUAGAAAUCUUGGGGAGCUGUCGACGACGAUGUGAAAAGGAGGUGGUUUGCCAUAUAAUCCAAAUUAUGACACACGACAUGAUCCUCCUGAACAAGUUGGAGGGAAUUUUUUGUAGUUUGAGAAGUAGGAGAAUGAUUUUGGACAAAUAAUCAUGUGUAUAGUUCUUUUCCGUUAUGUAAGUUGGAAAGCGAGGAUGACUUCUGCAUUCAUACUCAUUGCCACGGUGAUAAAAGAAUCUUGAUAUUAUUUGUUUUUCAGAGGGCAUGGUUUGUUGUUUUAGCU